AUGGAUGUUUCAAACGUAAGUCGGGCGAUUCUCAUCCCUUCACGCAAAACCCAGACACCUUCGCAGCCAGCAAAAGGAGAAGGCUCAACCCCCGAAUGUUUUCCUCUCGAUGGCUGCGAUAUUUCACAGAUUUCUAAUGAAACUCUGACCACAUUGUUCGAUACCGCGCCAGCCCUCCAUUCCUAUGAAGGGACACGUAUUGUGCGCCUAUCCCAGACAUUGAUUCUCAAAGGCGGGACCAGUACUCGACCAUGCGAGUACAACAUCCUCAAGCUUGUCAGUGAAGCAGGGGAGCGAGAGGAAUCGAAAGCCAUUCCGGUACCCAAAGUACUCCGAGUUUUCAACAUUGAAUCAGAUGUCGUGUUUGGUUGCAAAUGCCUGAUCCUCAUGGAUUUUGUUGAUGGCAGGUCAAUCGAACAGUGUUGGGCCGAUCUGAGUCAUACUGAACGGGUAGACGUUGUUUCUCAAGUUGCUUCCAUAAUAACCGUUCUGCGGUCUAUUCCUCUGUCUCCGCGACAGCAGCAACAACCAGGCCCAGUGGGCUGUAAAUGCUGUGUGGCUCGGGGAUAUUGGUUUACUGAUAUAGGAGCCGGCCCAUUUAAUUCGAAAGAGCACCUAGAAUCUUGGUUUAACUGCCGACUUGAAAUAUCCCAAAAGUUUCACCAGGCACCCGAUACCGUCCCACCGUUUCACUUUGACAAACUAGUUCUUGCUCACUUGGAUAUCGCGCCCCGUAACUUGAUCCUGGAUUCUGAUGGCAAAGUUUGGCUGAUUGACUGGGGUGAUGCUGGGAUAUACCCUGAUGGAUUUGAGGUUGCAUCGCUCAAAGCACGCACGUUCGAAGCGCCAGAGUACACUGAUAUGUUACUUGAAAUGCUUUCCAAAAUAAUUCCAAUGCAUGACGAGCUACAGCAGCAAUUGAAGUGGAUUACGUUUGCUUUAACCACUGGUCAAUGGAUAGGGAGAGAGGAGCUAGACUUUGGCGUGUUAUGA